CUUUUAGUACACCUAGUAAGUGUAUAACUCGUAAGUGUGAGUUAAGUGGUCCAGCGCAACACUUGCCAAAAGUGCUGAAGUACACUAAUUCCGGUACUCAAUGACAAGUGUAUACCAUAUCUCUGAGACAAUGCUGGCCUUACAGCCAGUGGCAAUUCUUUCUCCCCACCCCUUUUGUAUCAACCCUUAUCUGCGCCCUAAGGUGAAACGCCUCCAAGGUCGAAUGACUCACUUCUUCUGUGCAAUAUUGCUAAAAACAAAAGACAGACAGUAGCCACAACAGUGUGGGUGUGUUCAAAGUUGCAGCUCUGAUCGCCAUUGCCAGUUACAUCGUCGUUGAAGGUCCAGAUAGGUCAUUACCUGCUGUGUUUUAUCCGCGUUUAUCAGCAUCGAGUGCAACGAUCCUUAACUGUAGUAAGUGCUGUUUUUUGUGUUUUUUUUUCGUUGAUCGUGUAAGCUAAGCAGCGUGGCGUUUCAGCUUGACGGCAGAGUGUUGUAACAAAUUUUUAGUUCUUGGUUUCUGGCAGUGCCAUAGUGCCAUGUCAAGUGUGGAGAAGCGACGUAGUGACUUCUCGUGUUUUAAAUGUGAAAAGAUUAUCCCUGGCCCUUACACAGCAUUAAGUAGACACUUUAGGAUUCAACAUGGUUUUAAAACAGCAGCAAUCUAUCACAAAUAAAGCCAAGAUCCAUGAGUAUAUGGAGAGUACGUUUGAUUACCGGGAGCAGCAAAUUUCUGUAACCUUAACGUCCGCUUCUCAAAUUUUCGAAGAAUAUCCACGUUACGUGGAUUUUGAAAACGGAUCUUUGAUAUUGCACGAUUUUUAUCGAAAAUAUAAGGACGCACACUCCUGCUUGGAAACGCGUUUCUUCGGACGGUUCCAGAACGCUUUGGUUGGAUUAGCGGAAAGGAAAAAAGUGGAAGUUACAAAAUCUACUGACGAAUCUCUUGGGGCAUUAGUUUUGUGUUUGAAAGUAAUGCCCAGUGUAUCCAGGAUUAAGAAGGCUGAUUUUUCAUCAAAACUGGGUCGCCUUUUUUACUUCGUCAAAGAAAAUGCUAGUAUAUCUUCUAUUGUAGAAUCAAAAGACGAAAUCUAUCAUAAACAGCCAUUCUUGAUCGUCUCUGGAACCCUGGAACAUCCUUUAUCAUUCUUUCUCGUCAUAGAAAAAACUGCCAUUCCAGUUGGUAGUAACUGUGCUCAUGCCUUUCAUGUGCUAUUUACAUCUUUUUUCAUUUUCCGAUUAGAAUAUCCUCAAUAUCUUGACAAAUUUUUUCUUUUUUUCGAACAAUUUGUUUUUCAAAUUGGAAAGAAUAUCAGCGCUUGCAAUCAAGAAUUUGCAAACUGUCUCGACAAUGUUGCAUCUGCAACAAUUCCGCAGUCCCUCAAACAACAGCAGCAAAGUUAAAUUCAUUCUUUGAUAUACCGCUUGUUUUUUCACCUUUAUUCGUUUACUGCAUACCAAAUCCAGCCUUAAUGAAUAAAUGACAGCAUCACCUGCUUUUUCUAAAAUCUAAA